AUGGGCAUGGUCAAUGUGGUCAAGACGCUGUCGCAGAGUCUGGGCCCCGUGGCCACGGGCGCCUUGGCCGGGAAGGGCGACUUCUGGGUCGCGUUUGUGGUCGCUGGCGCGUUGAAGUUGGCGUAUGAUGUUCUCAUGCUGGCGUUGUUUUCGAGCUAUCGCACCCAGGAGGAGAGGGCGGAGGGGCGCGUGGCCAGCGUGUUACGGGAGGAGAGGGAGCAGGGCGCCGACGAGGACCGGAUGGCAGCUUAG